GGGGUCUUAGUUGUUUUUUAAGUUUAACACCGCCAAGAUCUAUUAAAUAUUUUUAGGAAUAUGAAAUUUAAUUUAACUUUUUUAUUGUGCCUGAAUAUUGGGUACGUUUGCUCAAAUCUUUUGGAACCGCAUCCUGAUUUGGAUCUUACAAUAGAGCAAGUUUUGACUAAAUAUGGAUACCCUUUUGAAGUUCACGAUAUAGAAACGGAGGACGGUUAUUUGCUAACAACUUACAGAAUACCUCACGGGAAAAACUCGACAAAAAUCGGCACCCCUAUAUUGUUUGUACCAGGAACUGGAGGUACUGCAGAAAAUUUUCUCAUCUUAGGAAAUGAUUCUGCAAUUGCUUAUUAUUUAGCCGACAAAGGAUACGAUAUUUGGCUUAUGAACCAAAGAGGCACAACUCAUUCUAGGAGACACAAAACAUUGAAUCCUGCAACGGACACUAAAUAUUGGGACUUUGACUGGCAUGAGGUUGGGGUGUAUGAUAUACCAGCUAACGUAGAUCAUUUGUUAAAUGUAACCAAAAAAGAAAAGUUUAUCUACAUUGGACACUCGCAAGGAACCACAACGUAUUUCGUGUUUACAUCUGAAAGACCUGAAUACAACAAUAAAAUCAUUGUCGGAAUUCAGUUUGGGGUGGCAGUUUAUUUAAAGAAUCUUCAUGUUCCAAUGUUGGAUUUUUUGGGAAAAUAUCAUAGAAUUAUUGAAGGGAUUUUAAGGAUUCUAAACAUUCACUACAUAAUACCAGAUAAUGAAGAAAUGUUGGACGCAAUAAAACAGUUUUGUGGUUUAACACCAGCUUCUGCAGAUGUGUGUGGAAAAGCGCUAGCUUUACUAGGAUCCGAUGAUAUCAAAAAUCUAAAUUUUAAUAAUUCCUUUACACCGAUUAUAUUCAGGGAUUCUCCUGCAGGUGCGUCUAUAAAACAAAUGUUACAUUAUUUUCAGAUGAUAGAUUCAGGUGAAUUCAGACAAUACGACCACGGAACUACCGGAAAUCUAAAACGUUACGGCCAAACAGAACCGCCAAAUUAUGAUUUGACGAAAUGCCUAGCACCAGUUGCUAUUUUUCAAGGAAGAGGAGAUUUUGAAACGACAGACGAAACAAGGGAUCGUUUACUAAGCCAACUACCAAAUGUAGUCUACUAUCAUGUGGUGGCUUACGAACAUUUUCAUCAUGCCGAUUUUAUAUGGGGAAAUGAUGUACCCGAGCUAAUUAAUAAGCCUGUAUAUCGACUGCUUAAGAGACUUAAAAAACUGCGAUACUUCUAAUAAAACAUCUAUGGUUUAUUUAGUUUUUAUUAGGUAUACUUUUACCGUUGAUUAAGAAUGCAC